AUGCUGAAAAACAGCAUAACAGUAGAUUUGAGCGGUAAGGACGGAGAAGAUGGUCAUCAAGGCAAGAGUGGACGUAAUGGUGAAGUGGGAAAGUCAGGGAAAAGUGGACAAAUAUCUGCCUUAAAUAAUGGAAAUGGAAGUCAUGGAGAACCAGGAGGACCAGGUGGAGAUGGAGAGAAUGGUGGAAAAGGUGGACGUGGAGGACCAGGUGGAAUGGGGGGAGUCGGCGGAAAAGGAGGAACUGGAGCAAGAGGUGGUAAUGGUAGCUCUGGAGGUAAUGGUAUGAAUGGUCAAGAUGGUGGCAAUGGAGGAAAUGGUGGAAAUGGUGGAAAUGGAGGAAGUAUUCUUAUUGAAACAAAUAAUGCUUCCUUGUUGAAGUUUGUCAAAGCAGAAAGUCAACCAGGUAAAGGAGGAAUGGAUGGAAAAGGUGGCUCUGCAGGAAGUGCAGGUAAAGGAGGAGAGAAAGGACCUGGAGGACCUGGUGGUAGAGGUGGUGCAGGAGGAGCUGCAAUGGGAAGAGGAAUAAUCAAUACAAGAUCUGGAUCCAAUGGAAGGAAUGGAUCAGAUGGAAAAUCUGGACAAAAAGGUCAAGAAGGAAGGAAGGGAAAUCCAGGACACACUGGACAAGAUGGUACACCAGGAAAUUUAACCAUUAGAGUCUAUGAUCCUCUUACUAAUCAACUUGUGGAGGAAGGUCAUUCAAUUUAUAAUUUGGUGGUAACAACAUUCGAAUUGUGUGGCUAUGAAAAUGAUGGAAUUUUUGAACCAGAUGAAAAUGUCUUUAUUACCAACGUUGGUGUUAAGAAUCAAGGAGGAUUGACAUUACCAUCAGGUUCAGUUCUCUCAUUUCCAAGCACUCAAACAUUUAUUUCAAACGGUGAAUGUUAUGUUUUGGAGAAGAAUUUGGCACCAGGCGAAUUCUUUUCAAUUCCUUUCCAAUUUUAUGGUCGAGUUGUUGGAAGGAAACAAAAACAAUUUGGCCCUUUCAAGUCAACAAUUAGCAUUCAAUCAAGUGCUUGUCUGUUAACUUCUCCAUUUAGUGAAGGUUUUGUUAAGAAGGAAUAUCCAGUUCAGUAUCCAAUAGUAUUGGAAAGUGUGAAAGUUCCUAAAAGUUUGGGAAGAAAUGAAAAAGGAACAGUUACAAUCACCGUAAAGAAUCAAUCUCUUAUCAAUUAUGGCUCUUCAUUGGGUGAUGGAUACAGAAUUAAGUUUUGUUUAACUCUGGAUUCAACGUAUAUCAUUCUAACAGAAACAAGCGCAACUAAUAUAUUUGAAGAGGAAAUUCCCUUCAUCCAAGCAGGAAUGUCAUACUCUAGAACGUUUAACAUUGAAACAACUAUCAAUGCCCAAUUCUAUGAAACCAUUCCAAUUCAAACAAAUUUAUUUUUGAGAGGACAUCCUAUUGAGGAAUCAUUGAACUCCAUUCGUAUUCAACCAACAUACAUUCCAACUAAUCUCGAUUCUCCAAAUCCUUUCGAUGUGCUCUUCUUCUCAGAUAAGCACAUUAAUAGGCAGGAAUUUUCAAAUUACAUGUCCCUGCUUGGUAGAAUAGGAUUGAACGUGAAUGUAUGGGAUAUUGAGAGAUACGGUGGACUAUCUUAUAAUAAUAAGGGUAAGAGACAUACAAAAUCAUGGAUUGAUGGUGGUUAUGAAGGUAAAAUGAUAAUAAUGCCUCUUAUGGAACAAGGCUCUGAAAAACAAAUGGCUGUCUCAGAUAUUUUCCAACAUUUCAGGGGCAAAAAUUGGCAAAAUGAUUCAUCAAAACCAAACAAUGGAUCUAUCGUUUUUAUCGGUAACCCUUCUGAUUCAUUCAAAAGUCAACUCUUUGGCGAAUGCUCAGCCCAACAAAUCCCAGAAUCUGAACUAAGAGAAAUGUUUCUGCUUUCUGAACCGAAUGAAAGCUCAAUGCUUAAGAAAGCAACAGAGUUUAUUAAAUCCCUCAAUAAGACACAUCCAUCAAGGGUUUAUAGAACUGAAAAUGUGUUAUUCAAUCCUCAAAAAGAUGGCUCAUUAUCAAAAACUUUAUUAGGAUCAGCUGAUUAUAAGGAAUUACCCUUAAGCACUGCUGAUGCUUUAUAUUUCAUUCCAACAAAGAGUGGAAACUCUUCUGGAUUCAUGAACGGAGGUAUUACACUUCAAAUUGAAAGCAAAUCAAAUAUUGGAAAAUUGCUUAACACUAUUCUAUAUUCACUUCCUGUUGAGAAAAAAUUGGAAUUGUUAAGGAAACCAACCGAAUGGCUUUCCAAAGUUCAAAUUAAGGAUGAAAAUGGUGAUUUACUUAAUUAUGUAACUUGUAUUAUCUUUGCUCUAAGCUUUAAUCUGUUUUUGGAAAUAAUUUACAACGAUGAAAAUGGAAGAUUUUCAACGGGUAUUGAAGCAGAUUUUGAAGCACAUUUUGAUGAAUAUAAGAAUCAUCCUCAAUCCAAACAAAUUGUUGAAACUCUAUAUUUGGUAUUAAAGAAACUUGGCAGUGAAUUAAAAUGGAGAGGAACAUCGGUACCUAGCAUUAAGGAAAGGAAAAACCUAUGA